AUGCUAAAGAGUGUAAAACAGCUUAAUAAAGCUUCGCAAGUGCCAGCAUGGAUAAAAGCUUGGGCCUUGAUCAGCUCCAUCAUUGUCACUUGGGAUUUUGGCUAUUGUUUACUCAGACCUCAUAGCAUGGAAGGAGGCUCUUUAAACUUUCUUUGGAAACCUUAUAAUUUGUAUGCCAAGAUUGAUCAUUUUUACGGUUUACAUGCCUUUGAAUUACAAGAUGGCUUCACAGGUGCUCAAGCUGUCAUGAAUGUCAUCGAAACCGCACUAAAUCUUCUUUUCUUAAGGCUACUGAGCAGUGAAAAUGUGAGUGUUGGUCAAGCCAAUCUGGUUGGAUUCUCAGCUGCAUUGAUGACGCUUUCAAAGACUGUCCUCUACUGGCUGAUUGAACCUUUUUCGGGGUUUCAGCAUAUUGGUCACAACAGUUUAAAAGAUCUCGUGUUCUUAUGGAUUAUCCCUAAUGGUAUAUGGAUCGUUAUACCUUCUGCUAUAGUAUAUACACUAGGAAAAGACAUUAUACACCGCUUGAACGCUAAUGAGAAAACAGGAGAGCAAAAAAGCUCAUAA